AUGGUGAAGCUUCGCAAUCUUGUUCUUUUCUUCAUCUUCCUCACCGUUGCUGCUCCUAUCUUUCUCUACACCGAUCCUACCGCCUCCUUCAAGACCCCAUUUUCUAAACGCGAUUUCCUCGAGGACGUUACCGCUUUGACUUUCAAUUCCGACGAGAAUCGUCGUUUAAAUCUGCUUCCUCGGGAAUCACCGGAAGUGGUUAGAGGAGGAGUCGUGGGUGUAGUCUAUUCCAAACAGAUUCCGGAUUCGUCGUCUCUUGAUGCUCACAAGAUUUCAGAACCGAGAGACCAAUUGACUGCUCGAGUUCUUUCGACUACCGAAGAUGAUGAUAAUCAGUCUCGAACUGACAAUCCCAUCGAACAAGUCACUGAUGCAGCCUCACAGAUGUAUAGGCCAAAUGAUGAUAUGCAAGAACAAGACCCUCGACACAGUCACAUUCAAGCUUCCAUUGACAACUCCCAGAAUAAGAAAAGGAUGCAUGUUCAGUUGACCCAGCGAACCUCCAGAACGGCUGAUGAGCGACAAGAGCCUAAAGCUUUUGGAGUUGAGAAAGAGAGAGGAAAUGUGUUGAUGCCUGAUGCUCAGGUGAGGCAUCUUAAAGAUCAGCUGAUUAGAGCAAAGGUCUAUCUUUCACUUCCUGCUGCAAAGGCUAAUGCACAUUUUGUGAGAGAGCUUCGACUCCGUAUUAAAGAAGUUCAACGGGUGCUUGGAGAUGCCUCCAAGGAUUCAGAUCUGCCAAAGACUGCUAUGGAAAGACUGAAAGCAAUGGAGCAAACGUUAGCCAAAGGUAAGCAGAUCCAAGAUGACUGUUCCACAGUAGUGAAGAAGCUACGGGCAAUGCUCCACUCAGCAGAGGAGCAGCUACGGGUCCAUAAGAAGCAAACCAUGUUCUUGACACAAUUGACUGCUAAGACGAUUCCAAAGGGCCUUCACUGCCUCCCUCUACGCCUCACUACCGAUUAUUAUGCUUUAAAUUCGUCUGAACAACAAUUCCCAAAUCCAGAGAAACUAGAAGAUAAUGAGCUGUAUCACUAUGCCCUCUUCUCUGACAAUGUUUUGGCUACAUCUGUUGUUGUUAAUUCUACCAUAACCAAUGCAAAGCAUCCCUCAAAGCAUGUGUUCCACAUUGUCACGGACAGACUCAACUAUGCGGCAAUGAGGAUGUGGUUCCUAGACAACCCACCAGGGAAAGCCACCAUCCAGGUUCAGAAUGUUGAAGAAUUUACAUGGCUGAAUUCAAGCUACAGUCCUGUUCUGAAACAGCUUAGUUCUCGGUCGAUGAUAGACUAUUACUUCAGGGCCCACCGCACAAAUUCAGAUACGAACUUGAAGUUCCGGAAUCCAAAAUACUUAUCGAUACUUAAUCAUCUUCGUUUUUACUUGCCUGAGAUCUUCCCGAAGCUCAGCAAAGUGCUCUUCUUGGAUGAUGAUAUAGUUGUGCAGAAGGACCUUUCUGGUCUUUGGUCAGUUGAUCUGAAGGGUAAUGUCAACGGUGCUGUAGAGACCUGUGGGGAAAGCUUUCAUCGCUUUGACCGUUACCUGAACUUCUCAAAUCCACUCAUCUCCAAGAAUUUUGACCCUCGAGCCUGUGGUUGGGCAUAUGGUAUGAAUGUUUUUGAUCUGGACGAAUGGAAGAGGCAAAACAUCACAGAGGUUUAUCAUCGAUGGCAGGAUCUGAAUCAAGACCGAGAAUUGUGGAAGCUAGGGACGCUGCCGCCUGGUCUCAUCACAUUUUGGAAACGAACAUACCCGAUAGACCGGAAAUGGCACACGCUAGGCCUUGGAUACAACCCGAGUGUGAACCAGAGGGAUAUCGAGAGGGCAGCAGUCAUACACUACAAUGGCAACCUGAAACCAUGGCUAGAGAUUGGGCUUCCAAGAUACCGAGGCUUCUGGUCAAAGCACGUAGACUAUGGGCAUGUUUAUCUCAGAGAAUGCAACAUCAAUCCUUAG